ACCUGUUUGCUCCGGUGGCGUCGGCUGCAUUGGCUCGCGUGCAACGCGGUCGCGCUCGGUUCGCGGGGGCGAGAGAGAAAGAGAACGCGAGAAGGUGGACGAGAAAGAUAGACAGAGAGAAGACUAAUAUAUCUUUGGACUUGGAGAGAACGCGCUGACUCUCCUAACGCGAUCACCGCCAAUGCUUUCUCUCUGGGGCCAGAGGACGUACGGAAUAGGAAGAGGAGGAGAGACGCAGGGUGAAGGGGUCGAUAAAGAGAAAGAGAAACAGCAAAAGGACAAAGUCCGCGAAGCUUCGACCACGUGUCCCUCGUGGCUCUCGAUUGUAAACGCUAUGUCGCCACGCAACGGUUCUUGCGUGGCGGAAGUGAGCUCCGUGAGGAGUCUCUCGUCGGACGAUGUCUCGGCGACCAAGACGAACCGGAAGAAGUCGUGUUGGGCCCGUGCGACCGAUCCGGCCCAUCGUCGUGGCCGGCGGAUCCAGCUGCUGCAGAUGCUGGUGCUGCCCUUCAUACCGAUCCUCGCCCUAAUCGUGCAGACCGCCAACACCCUCCACGACAUUUUGAUCUAUCGUCAGGAAGUGUCUGACAUAGAGUCGCAGGUGACGAUAGCCACGGACCUGGGCAAAAUGGUCACCAGGAUGCAGCUGGAGAGAUCCGAAGUGGCCUUUUUCAUCUACACCAAUGGCAACACCCUGAGGUCAAAUCUAACGCAGAGAUUCACCAUAACCGACCAGGACCUCCACAACAUGAGCACGUGGCCGCUGGUAUCUGUACCCAGAGACGAGAGCAAAACGCAAGCGUAUGACGUAGUAAGCAAGGAAGCUUUCCAGGCACGCCUAGAGGACUUUAGGCAAAAGAUAAGUUCGGAGGGGAGUAGUAUCAGCGAGGUGAUGGCGUGGUACACGAGCGUGAACGCCGCUAUGCUGGAUCACCUGACUAAUCAGAUCAAGGAGACGGACAACAGCGGAGUGUGGAGAUAUCUGAUAGCUUUUAAAAAUCUCCUACGAAGCAUCGAGAGCCUCGGCAUCGCCUCCGUGGAGGGGAUCAAUUACUUCGGCCGCGGUAUUCUUCUCGGCGACAACUACGUGAGCUACGUUCGCCACGAGGCACUUGGACGCGAUCUGUUGACCGCCGCUCUGACGUAUGUGCCAUCACUGAGAUUGUUUUACGACGAGCUAACACGCACCAUGCCCGCGUACGACAAGAUCAAGGCAAGACGGGACGAGAUCCUGCGAAAUCAAAAGAGGGAGCCGAGCGUAGACGAUGCAAUCGACUACUUUGACUCAAUGGCUACUUACAUCGACGAGCUGCGUAAGCUGCAGAGAGAGUUACGUCACAUGAUAAGGGAUUAUGUCAAUUCGACGUUGCAAGAUGCGAGCAACAAGGAAGUUGCGGGGAUCGCUAUCGUCGUUCUGGUGCUGGUAGUGUCGCCCAUCAUCAUCAUACUGAUGCGCAACGCCGUCGCUACUAUUCAGAUGUACGCCGCGAAUCUGGCGCAAAAGGCACGCGAACUCAAGCGCGAGAAGAGGAAGAGCGACACGUUGCUCUUCCAAAUGCUUCCACCCAGCGUUGCCCAGCAACUCAAGCAGACUCAACAGGUGCCAGCGGAGUAUUACGAAGCGGUGACCGUUUACUUCAGCGAUAUAGUCGGUUUCACGGAGAUCGCCGCGGAGAACACGCCCCUCGAGGUGGUGACAUUCCUCAACUCGAUCUACAAAUUAUUCGAUGCGCGCAUCGAAUGCUAUGAUGUCUAUAAAGUGGAGACCAUCGGGGAUUCUUACAUGGUCGCUUCCGGUUUGCCUGUUAGAAAUGGUGACAAACACGUGUCCGAGAUCGCCACGAUGGCGUUGGAUUUAUUAGCAGCCUCGUCCGUCUUCCAGGUGCCUAAGCGUCCUGGAGAACGGCUUCAGAUACGAAGCGGAGCUCACACCGGACCUGUCGUUGCCGGCAUCGUCGGCAGCAAGAUGCCCCGUUACUGUCUCUUCGGCGAUACCGUGAAUACCGCGAGUCGCAUGGAAUCGACCGGUGAAGCUCUACGAAUUCACAUCAGCUUAGAGAUGAAAAAAGCGCUCGACGCGGUAGGUGGCUUCAAGAUUGAGCAUCGUGGCCUCGUUGAUGUGAAGGGCAAGGGUCUCAUGGACACGUACUGGCUGGAGUGCAAGGACGGCGGUAUCGCGCGCGCCGCCGAGCUCGAUCUGCCGUCAUUCUUCGAGGACGUGCGACCGGUCUUCAUGCGUCGGCUGCGUGAAGAGGGCACCCUCUGAUGUGAACCGUACUCCCGCCGGGACC